GCCCGAGCCCGGAGCCGCGCCGGAGCGCGAGGUGGGCGCGGGCCUGCCGGAGGCGUUCUCCCGGCUCUGGACCGACGUGAUGGGCAUCCUGGACGGCUCCCUGGGAAACAUCGAUGAUUUGGCACAGCAAUAUGCAGAUUAUUACAAUACCUGUUUCUCCGACGUGUGCGAGAGGAUGGAGGAGCUGAGGAAGCGGCGGGUUUCCCAGGACCUGGAUGUGGAGAAACCCGACGCCAGCCCCACGUCACUUCAGCUGCGGUCCCAGAUCGAAGAGACGCUCGGCUUCAGCAGCGUCGCGUCAACACCUGAGGUGGACAGAAAGAAUCCUCUUCAUAAGUCGAACUCAGAAGACAGCUCAGUGGGAAAAGGAGAUUGGAAGAAGAAAAAUAAGUAUUUCUGGCAGAACUUCCGAAAGAACCAGAAAGGCAUAAUGAGACAGACUUCAAAAGGAGAAGAUGUGGGCUAUGUUGCAAGUGAGAUAACCAUGAGCGAUGAGGAACGGAUUCAACUGAUGAUGAUGGUCAAAGAAAAGAUGAUCACCAUUGAGGAAGCCCUGGCCAGGCUCAAGGAAUACGAGGCCCAGCACCGGCAUUCUGCUGCCUUGGACCCUGCCGACUGGCCGGACGGCUGUGACCCAGCCUUUGAUGCCUCCUCAAACUGCAAUUCAAGAGAACAAUCGGAUGAUGAGACCGAGGAGUCUGUGAAGUUUAAGAGGUUACACAAGCUGGUAAACUCCACUCGCAGAGUGAGAAAGAAAUUAAUAAGGGUGGAAGAAAUGAAAAAACCCAGCACUGAAGGUGGGGAGGAGCCGGGGCUGGAUAGCCCACCUGUCCUGGACGAGAGGUCCGCCCUCUACUCUGGCGUGCACAAGAAGCCCUUUUUCCUGGACGGCUCUCCAGAGAAGCCUCCAGAAGAUGAUUCCGACUCUCUCACCACCUCGCCGUCGUCCAGCAGCCUGGAUACCUGGGGAGCUGGUCGCAAGUUGGUCAAAACCUUCAGCAAAGGCGAGAGCCGGGGCCUCAUUAAGCCCCCCAAGAAGAUGGGGUCAUUCUUCUCAUAUCCAGAAGAAGAAAAGGCCCAGAAGGUUUCCCGCUCCCUGACGGACGGGGAGAUGAGGAAGGGGCUUGGGUCCCUGAGCCACGGGAGAACCUGCAGUUUCGGAGGCUUCGACUUGACAAAUCGUUCUUUGCACAUUGGCAGUAGCAACUCGGACCCAAUGGGUAAAGAAGGAGAUUUUGUGUACAAAGAAGUAAUCAAAUCACCCACUGCCUCCCGCAUCUCUCUUGGAAAAAAGGUGAAAUCAGUGAAAGAGACAAUGAGGAAGAGAAUGUCUAAGAAAUACAGCAGCUCUGUCUCUGAGCAGGACUCGGGUCUUGACGGCAUGCCUGGCUGCCCCCCAUCUUCACAGCCCGACGGGGAGCACACGGACAAGCCCAAGCUCAAAGCCGGAGGUUCGGUGGAGAGUCUGCGCAGUUCCCUGAGCGGCCAGAGCUCCAUGAGUGGUCAGACUGUAAGCACCACCGACUCCUCCACCAGCAACCGGGAAAGUGUCAAGUCGGAGGACGGCGACGACGAGGAGCCCCCAUACCGGGGCCCCUUCUGUGGGCGCGCCAGGGUGCACACGGACUUCACGCCCAGCCCCUACGACACAGACUCCCUCAAGCUCAAGAAAGGAGACAUCAUCGACAUCAUCAGCAAGCCACCCAUGGGCACCUGGAUGGGCCUGUUGAAUAACAAGGUUGGCACCUUCAAAUUCAUCUAUGUGGAUGUGCUGAACGAAGAGGCGGAAAAGCCCAAGCGCCCGGCCAGAAGGAGGAGAAAAGGAAGGCCCCCCCAGCCCAAAUCCGUGGAGGAUCUCCUGGACCGGAUCAACCUGAAAGAGCACAUGCCCACUUUCCUGUUCAAUGGGUAUGAGGACCUGGACACUUUUAAACUCCUGGAGGAGGAAGACUUGGAUGAGUUAAACAUCAGGGACCCAGAACACAGAGCUGUUCUCUUGACAGCGGUGGAGCUGUUACAGGAAUAUGACAGUAACAGCGACCAGUCGGGAUCCCAGGAGAAGCUGCUUGUGGACAGCCAGGGCCUGAGGGGGUGCUCGCCGAGAGACUCUGGGUGCUACGAAAGCAGUGAGAAUCUGGAAAAUGGCAAGACUCGGAAAGCUGCCCUUCUCUCUGCCAAGUCAUCGGCCGAGUCCAGCUUGAAGUCUUUCCACAAGACUCAGAUGGGCAACUACCCAACGCUGCCUUUGACCAAGCCGGUGGAAGGGCUGGCGCAAGGCGAGGAGGGCCGGCCGGGCGGCGCCCGGGCCCCUCACGCGGCCAAGCCCUGUGUCCAGCCGUGCGGGACGGGGCUGAAUCAAAACCGAAGGAGCCUGCCCGUUUCCAUCUGCCGGAGCUGUGAGACCCUGGAGGACCCCCAGACCGUGGAAGCCUGGCCCCGAUCUCAUUCCCUGGAUGACCUUCCAGGAGAGCCCGAGGCCGAGAAAGGCGCGGCCCGCCCCGUGCCAGCAGCCUCUGCGCAGACUGUACCAGAAGUGCCACAGAAGACAGCGCCCAGCGCCGCCACGGUGCCGGGCCCCGGCCGAGACGCUGCUGUUGACAAUGCAUCGCUACUGACCCAAAGCAAGAGAUUUUCCGAAUCUCAGAAAGUGACUCCUAAGAAACUGGAUGUCCCAAGCGCAGCCUCUGCGCAGGGCGCGUCACCUCCGUGCGUGCCCCCAAACUCUGAGGCGUGCCCUCCCGCAGCUAAGCACAGUUUAACAAGGACGCCCCUCGAGGGUCUUAGGAAAGGCCUCAAUUUCGGAGAAACUUGUCAUCCCCCGAGCCCCAGAGACGGGGGAGAUGCUGAGCAGAGGUCCCCGGAGGCGAGGACUCAGGCAAAGACGCCUUCGCAGCCUCCACCGGUGCCCGCCAAAAAGAGCAGGGAGCGCCUCGCCAAUGGACUCCCCCCGGGCGCCCCCGGGCCUGCCGCUCCCGAAGCGCCCAGCCUGCCGGUGAAAAGGGGCUGCAGCCCCGGCGACUGCCCCCCAGCCCAGGCGGCCAGGCCCCCCUCAGGACAGGAGCCGGGCAGCCCCCUGACCGCAAGACGGCCGCCCUGGCUGGCCGAGCUUCCUGAGAGCGCCAGCCUGCAGGAGCACGGCGUGAGGCUGGGCCCCGCGGGGACCAGGAAGGUCUCCUGUGUGCGGGGCGUGGAUCUGGAAAUGCUCACGGAAAACAAGCUCCGGGCCGAAGGCAUCGACCUCACGGAGGAGCCCUAUUCUGACAAGCACGGGCGCUGUGGGAUCCCUGAAGCCCUGGUGCAGAGAUACGCAGAAGACUUGGAGCAGCCGGAAAGGGACGUGGCCACCAACAUGGACCAGAUCCGCGUGAAGCAGCUGCGGAAGCAGCACCGCAUGGCGAUCCCAAGCGGUGGGCUCACCGAGCUCUGCAGGAAGCCCCUGUCUCCGGGCUGCGUCUCGUCCCUGUCAGACUGGCUCAUUUCCAUCGGUCUGCCCAUGUACACCAGCGCCCUCACGGAAGCGGGCUUCAGCACGCUGGGCCACGUGCCUUCUCUGUCACACACAUGCCUUCAGGAGGCUGGCAUCACAGAGGAGAGACACAUAAGCAAGCUCGUGUCUGCAGCCAGACUCUUCAAACUGCCGCCAGGCCCUGAGGCCAUGUAGCCAGACCCCCACAUGGACCUUCUGGACCAGAGCCAUGCUGUCUCUGCGCUUCAGUGCUGAUGGGACUCUUCCUCCACUGGACACGCAGCCCAGAUCCAGAAGAAAGGCCCAGUGUGUGGCCAGAGCGCGACAGCUUGGCACAGGACCCAUGGCCCUCUGUUCUCCAGAAUAGCACCCUCGAGAACAUUGAUGAGGUUCUCUUUGACCCCCAAAGAAAAGACAAGCACUUAUUUUUAUUUCUGGAACACAAAAGAACCAAGAUGCCAACUUGCCACAAAAUCGGUGCCUCCAGUCUGUCCUUGUCCGUGGGACAGGGGGCCGGAAGCAGAGGGGGGGUGGGGUGGCCUGUUCCGAUCUGAGUGCCCUCGCCCUUCUGUCUGUCACCUGCGGGACCCCUGAGGCCAGGCGGGUUGUAGGUAGGCCAGAGGAACAGGCUGGGGAGUGACUGUGCACCACUACCACGCUCAUUUGUUCAAAGUAAGAAAAUCUGGCUGCUGUUGGGAAAAAAAUCCUAUUCUCCUUUAGAUAAACAAGAGACGUUUUAAUAAUUGCUUUCUCACAAUCAGCUUUUAUUUGCCUUAAUAUAAGCUUUUACGCAGUUACUUAACUAGUGUUCACUGCCCUGUAACCAUAGUCCCAACUCUUCAGCUUAAGCUGCCAUCUGAUGUACCUGGGAUGUUUUCAGCAAAAAUGGGCUUUUCUAACUGUCUUAUGCUAACAUGGCUUAAUUUGUGAGUGUAUUUUUCAGACACAAAUUUCAUGUCGGCUUUCAGUUUUUAAGCUGCAUACAGAUCCAGUAAGAUGCUAUCUGAAACUCACAGACAGUGUGUGCGCACACGUGUGCAUGCAUGUGGCAAUUACUUUCACUUUAGCCAAUUUGAUGUUGAUUCCAUGUUGUCUUCAUGCUGUGGCGUCAACCCGGCCCUGCCCAUGUCCGUUCCAUUAUUCAGCCGUAGCUAGCAGAUGACCUUUGCAACAAGUCAUUCUUAGGAUGAAUAGUUAGAAAGAUUAUUUUUUGUAAAGAGAAGUAGCUUAUAAGAGAUUUUUUCAAGGUUUUUUUUUUUUCCAGUUUUACAGUGAAGAUACUGUUUUCCUUUUUUAUUUAGACAAUUCUUUUAAUUCCAGUGAAAGUCCAUACGGAGCCAAACCAACCACGUUAGCCAUGUUGUAAGUCAUGCCCGUUUUCAAUUGUUUUUCGACAGAUUUCAGUCUUUUUUAGUCUAGUGACCGAUUUUCUAGCAAACGACAACUACGUAUUAAGGUUUCCAUUACUUCCAUGACGAUUUUCCUUUUCAUUCUCAUCAUAAACACUCUUAGGUUCUGAAAGUGAUCAUUUAUCAUAGAAACACUUUGAACACGAAGCCUUGGUGAAAAUUCUGUAAUAUUUCAUCAACUCCUUAAAACAUGCUUUCCCUCAGGGAACAAAGAAGUAAUUUCAUUGCUUACGAAGCCAUCGUUAGCAUUUGCUUUCUGUUUCUGAGGAAAAAGACAUUCUCAGGUGGUAACAUUUUUUCCCAUGCAUUAAAGUAUGCUUUUAAAGUAAUAGGUGUUUCUUCAGUAAUACUCACCUUCUACGAGAUGCCAUGUGAAGCGGUGGAGGUAUAGAGGAAAAAGCUCAAAGCUGCCAAGUUUCUAUUGAACUCGUAACAACAGCCCAUUUUUCUCAUCUCCAGUCAUGACAUCCCAGCAAGUAGAGCCCAUUUGGAGAGGAACGAGGCUGCAGGCUUCUCGUGCAUGAUUGAGCUAUAUUUUCAGUGCUGUAGUGGGGUUGGGUGCCCACAAGUUGUCUCCUCCUCCUGCGUUUGAAUUACUCAUCGGGAGGGUCCUGCUCACUGUAUAAACUGAGCAAAUAGACAGGUGUGCUGGGCCAGGUAACAGAGGAGGAGACCCUUCGUGCGUUUCCAAAUUUUAGUUCAUUUUCAGUGUAAGAUUUCCAUUUCAAUAAAGUGGCACCAGGAAAGGGAACGUUCUGAGUUUGAGUUUUUGAGACUGCCAAACUGUAUUUUUGUCACUCCUUUUUGGAAUUGAAUGCCUUUGCCUAGAAAAAUCAAAUUCAGGGACCAUGAGUAAUUGUCAGUGGGAAGGUCUUCCUAACCUGAGUGGUCUGAGCUUGGUUUUACUUUAGUGUACUUCUUUUGAAACUUUUGUUUUUGAAUCUUGUAGUCAUUUUUGUUCUUCUUUUGCUUUCAACGUUUAAUUCGAUUCUAGAAUGUUUGUGCGUGACAUUUGACUGAGGUGGUUGGGGGCUGCCUGGGAACUUGACAGGACAGGGGGGGCGGGGCUUCAGCGAUACCCAGUUUUAGCUCGUUGCACUUGGUCGGGAAUGUUGAGGAACAGUGAGAAUAGUCCUUGGAAAGCACAAAAGCGACCUGGUUCAGGUAGCUUCACCUUCACUGUGUCAUUUUUACUUUGAAGCUGUCAGAAGGAAUGCAGCCAGCCCAAGACACAUUCGCCUUCCCAGACAGCCAAGGAGCAGAUGCAUUCCCAUGGCCUUGCCUUAGUCAGAGGCCCCUUUCUCUGUCCUGAACCCAGAUAUGGGUGAACUUGGAGAUUGCUCGUCUGUUAGAAUUAAGUUGCUGGCAUAGCAAAGUUUGCUUUCCUAACUGCAGCAAAGAAGUCAGCUCACCCAGACAAGGCUGCAUGUGUGUACUGUAUUAUUUUUGGAAAAAAAAAAAAA